UUUCGUUCUUAUGAUCCGGGCUAUGUAAAACUGUCUAAACAUGUGUAGCUGAACGUCCGAAGGGACAGUCCAGGUGGAUGUAAAUUAUUGUAGAUAUGCAGGGCCCCAACCCAUGACCACGAUCAACUGCAGAUAACUUUGGUGCUGGGAGUGGGUCAUCCGACGGGUCGUCAGCAGUUCGGGGCUAUGACAGACUGGGGGGGUCACCACUCAAAUAUCCAAAUCGAUCUCCGCUUGCUGUGGGCCACCCCUCGAACACCAUCAACCGCAUCCAUCCUCACAUAUCACUAACGACUCCUUCAUCCAGCAAGCAAGACUUGAGACUGCAGCACAAAACCUUUAACCAUGGCCGACACCGAAUCAAGCACACCGACUGCCCGCGCGGCGCUCAUGAACAACAGAACCAAUUCCGCCUCGGUCCUCUCACCCAAAGGGAUCCUGAAGAACAAGAUCGGACCACAGGAGUCUCGUUCACCACACUUGACUUGGGACGAACCGAACUUGGCGUUGAACGACCUUAAUCGGGAUUCCACAAUGAAGAUCACCGAACCUAAGACUCCAUUUGUUCGCUAUAAUGCAGAAACUGAUGAAGUAAUGGAUCUGGAAUCCAUUCCCGACUUCGAUCUCGGUCGGGCCUCAUCAUCAUCAUCAUCAUCCCAACAUCAAGCCUCUGCUGAGCAUGAAGAACCGAUGGCCACAGAUGAUGAUCAGUCCCAGAACCCAUCCUCAUCCAUGCGACGCUUCUCAUCCUCAUCAUCCCGACGCGGCUCAGGAUCUACUGAGAGGAGACAAGUACUGGUUCAGCCCCCAGUUGGGCCAUCAUCCACCGCUGGGGAUGAUGCAUUAGAUGAUGAGGAGGACGAGGCAGACUUGGAUCCAGAUGCUCGGGCGAAACAUGAUGCGUUCGUUCGAGCUAGAAAAGGGCACUAUGGUAAUGAGGCCGAGGCCAUGAAGAAAGCUCGCGAAUUGGCUGAAAGGGAGGAGAUCGAAAGCGAAGCUACGGUCGAUGAAUCUGAUCAAUUGAGCGAUUCUUCGAAAUCUGAAUCCGCACCUACUGUCCCCAAUGGCGUAUGAACAGCUAGCUUGUCAAGAAAUUCUCUGAACAAAAACAAAAUCACACUUUGAAAAACAAAAGUUAAACACAAAAACUUCCAACCUUUGAUCAAUUGGAUUGUCUUCAAAUCCAAAAAAUUAUUAGAAUAAAUUUUUUUUUGGAUCACUUACCUUCAUAUCAAUUUUUCUUACACAAAACAAGCAAAAAAAAAAACAGAAUGAUUUCUUUUGAGACAUAGUGUACUUUGAUUGAUCAGAUUGUAAUUAUUCUCUUUCUCUCUCUGUGUGAAUUGUUCUAUUCUUCAUUCUGACCUAGUCUUCUUCUGGAUGCCAAAAUUUCUUAAUGCUUUGUUUUGUUAUCGAUAUAUACAAUUACAUACAUAUAUAAACAUCUAAACCUAAAAUGAACAAGUAAAAAACAUGCUUCCCUGAUUUUGUUUAUCAACUUUUGGAUGACUGAGUGUGUUUUUUUCUCCUAUCACAAGUAUUUUGUUGCUGUCCUUUGACAUAACUAUAUAACUGUAUGUAUGUAAAGGUUGUUUAGGUAAAGCAUUGUUAUCACAGCAAGAUCAUCAAAAUCACAACACAGAAUUACUUGCUG